CAACAAUGUUUUCGUGUACUUUAUGGACUGGUUGCCCUAUGUGUUGGACUUCUCAUCAUGACUGCCAUGAUAACUGCACUUGUCCCAUACCAUAAACUGAAAGAGAUGAACCAAAAACUAGUUUUUGUUUAUUAAUCUGAAUCUUAGUGUGAACUCACAGAUGGAGUUUAUUUCUCAAGAAGGAAGGUUGCAGCAUGAUAAUUUGAAAUCCACCUUGGAGAGACUAUCAGGCUGGGCGUUCAAGCAAUUGGUUAAAUCCUUGGACCCCAUCUGUGAACAAGGCUGGUCUUAUUCCCACCUGAGCUGUUACAAAUACUUCAAGGAUAAGAAAUCUUUCAAUAAUUCCAAAACAUUUUGUGAGUCAAAAAACUCUCACUUGGUUGUAAUCAACAGUGCGGCUGAAAAGGAAUAUAUAGUUGAAUUUACUGGCAAUGAGAUAUAUUGGAUCGGUCUUUCUAAGGAAAAUGGUGAUUGGAAAUGGGUUGACGGAACAAGAUAUGACCUUAAUCAAACCUAUUGGGGUCCAGGACAACCUGAUGAUUGGAGGGACCAGGAGACAGGUGAAGUUGAGAGUUGUGCUACUUUUAGACCAAAUAGUCUAUGGAAUGAUGCACUGUGUUCCAAUUAUAGCCCAUUUGUGUGUGAGAAGGACAUCUUAUCUCGUUGAGGACUGUAAGCCAUGAGGAGACGAUGUGAUGACCAUCUGAGUCCAUCAAAAAAAUUCCCAUCUAAUAACCCAGCACAAUACAAGAGGAGAGGUUCACUUAAUGCAUAUGUAUUAUCCGCUGUUGAAUCUGUAUAAAUGUUAUUAAAAUAUAUUGUAAUGCGUAUAACAUAUGGUAAACAAUGAGCCAUGUCAAUAUUGGAAAUAAAGUUUAAUACACA